AUGUCGUUAGCGUUACUCGCUGAAAAUGUUCAUAAUCAGGAUAUGGCACAAGAAUAUCAAAAAGCUGAUCCAGAGAUAAUAAUGGUAUCAUCGUCUUCAUCUCUAAUCCCGAUGCCAAUUUCAAGUGAAUUCCAAUUCCAACCACGAGAUGAGGUUAUUAACAAAGAAAGAGCUAAGAUAUCUUCUCAAUUGAUUCAAGCUAACAAUCAUUCAUACGAUCUGAUUGAUGACUUUCCAUAUCGGUCUGAAAAUCGAAGAAUUUGGGGUGACCAUCAAGAAAAGGACACUAUUUCUGAUAAUCAAGCUAUUCGAUUACGGCAAUUACUAGAAGAUAAUGAUGAUACUUGUUGUGGCUGUAAUCGUGGGCACAAUCGUAAUGAGAAUAACCGUAUGAAUAAUCAUAGUGUCAUAACUAGACAAGGAUCGUAUGCUUCAAUGAAAAGAGUUGAUUUCACUAAUAAGGGAGAGAAAAUGAAGUAUGGGAAGGAAUCUAAAUAUAUUUUCCAUAAGGGAUUUUUCAAAAGGUUUAAUAAUGAUUUGUGGAGGAAGAAUUCGGGAAACCAUAAUAGAUCUUGGAAAAAUACGAUGGACAAAUAUCGAAAAAAUAAUAAGCGUCAAUUUAGAGAUUUCCAUGAAUUAUCAUCCAUGAUGGAAUAUGUUAAUUUAACAGAGCCUAAUGAUAAUCCAAAAGAGCUAUUAGAAGGAUCUAUGAUACGGCUUUUUGUAACAAAGAAUAUGUAUAAUGCUCAUCCAUAUGUGGAAACCAAUGGUACAAUUACAAAGAAUGCUUAUUUCAAGAGAGCGAAUUCAAUAAAGAGGAAAAGUUUACCAUCGUCAAUAAAGUCUGCCGAAAUAAUAUUACACAACGAUAGAAGGAAAACAAUGACUCGUAUCCGUUCAAGACCAAUAAAUGGUGAUCGUUCGUGUCUGUCUACGCACAGGAAAUUAAAAAGAUCAAAUAGUACACCGGGUGCACUAUCACAUAUAAAUCACCAUCUUUACAACCAUAGACGAAGAAGAUUGAUGCGACUUUGGAAAGAAUACAUGUCUCUAGUCAUUUUACAACGCAUAAACUUACGAAUAAGGCUAAUCCAUCCUGAUUCACCAUUACCAUCAUCAUCAUCUUCUUCUUUACCCCGUUCAUCCAUUUCCUCCAAGAACCAUAACAAUAUGACCCCCACUACAAGCACUUCCUACCGUUUAUCACAGGCAUCAUCAUCAUCAUCACUAUCAUCACCCACCAAGAGGUAUUCCAUUGCCAGAGCCAUUGCCAUUGCUGACGCUGGCACUGACGCUGUGGCUGCCAAAGAGUUGACGUUGGCGCCCAUUUUAGCUCUUAAUUAA